GUUCUGUUGGUUUAGGGUGUUGGCAAAACGAAGAAGACAGUAUCGGUAGAACUGUGAAACCUUCGCGAAAGGUCGUUAUCAAAAUUAGAAAGUUGAGUUGUGAAAAAGCCUUCAAUUUAAAGAAUUGCUUAUCCACACGAAACAAUGGGCACUGAUAGAAGAGUCAGUCGGACUGAACGCAGUGGAAGGUAUGGCACUGAUGGAAGGGGGGAUGAACCAGAGUGGUAUGGCAAACGAAGCAGAGAUGUGGAGAGGGAUUAUGAUCGACGCUGGGCAGAUGACAGACAUCGAGAGCACUGUGAUGAGCGAAGGGAUUGUGACAGUCCAGAGAGAGGCCGGAGACGACACAACAGUGACCGAUCUGAUGAUGAAUAUGAAGGAGAUUAUACCGACCAAGACUACAAAAUGGAGCCGGAAGAGGAGAGCAAGACUAUUAUGCUAAGGGGCCUCCCCCCUGAUGUGACAGAGGAGGAUAUUCGUGUGGCACUCGAGCAGCUCCAGGGACCCCAGCCUGUGGACAUACGUUUGAUGAAGAAAAGGCCAGGUAUAAGCCGAGGUUUCGCCUUCGUGGAGUUUUAUCACUUGCAAGAUUCUACCCGGUGGAUGGAGACCAAUCAGAACAAGCUGAUGAUCGAGGGGAAGAGCAUUGCAGUGCACUACAGUAACAGAAAACAGAAGUUUGAAAACUGGCUUUGUAAUGCUUGUGGUCUGUACAAUUUUCGAAAGAGGGUGAAGUGUUACCGAUGUGGAGCAGGAAAGACUGGAGACUCCUCUAGCGGAAAUGGGCCCAUCGCAGAGUCUCAGCAGUCAGCAGAAUUCAGCGGAGACACCAUCAUUUUGAGGAACAUUGGCCCCCUCUCUACUGUUGAUGGAAUUCUGAGCAUAUUGGCACCAUAUGCGAACCUGUCCCCCAGCAAUGUCCGCCUCAUUAAAGACAAACAAACGGGACAGAACAGAGGCUUUGCCUUUGUCCAGCUCUCAUCUCCCUUGGAGGCUUCUCAGCUGUUGAUCAUUCUCCAGGGCCUUCAGCCACCUCUAAAACUUGAUGGGAAAACAGUUGGAGUGGACUAUGCCAAGAGUGCUAGAAAAGACACCGUUCAGCCUGAAGGGGUCAGAGCCACCGCUCUCUCUGUUGCCAGCACAGCCAUUGCUGCUGCUCAGUGGUCAUCAAGCCAGUUGUCUAAAAAUUCAGCUGCUGGUGUCUCCCUUCCAGAGGGAUUUGCACAGCAAGCCCUGGGGGCAGCUUAUCCAGUGUGGCCGCAGCAGCCUGAAGGACUGACUCCUGUCAUUGGGGAUGGCUUGCUUGGAGCGGCUCCAGGAAUUAAAACUUUGAUCCCUGCAGCGGGGGGUGUGGUCAUAUCCCAGGCAGCUCACGUUUACCAGCCUGUCGUCAUCAGCCAGCCCCCCAUACAGACGCAUCAAGUUGUAUUGCAACAGCCAGCCGCCCAACUGGCCGCUGCCGUUUGCACCCCCUCUCCAGUGACACCUGCGGCUGCUCCAGCAGUCUGCGCCGCCGUCACAGCAGCUGUCCCCGACACAUCCACAUAUCAGUACGAUGAGUCGUCGGGUUACUACUACGAUCCACAGAGUGGCCUUUACUACGACCCCAGCAGCCAGUACUACUAUAACUCUGAGACGCAGCAGUACCUCUACUGGGACAGCGAGAAGCAGGCUUAUGUUCCCGCCCCGACUGAAUCCGACUCCAGCACGGAGUCUGCAGCUAACAUGUCGACCAGUUCCUCAGCCACUGCCAUCACAGGCGGCAAGGACUCCAAAGAGAAGAAGGAGAAGCCCAAGAAUAAGUCAGCACAGCAGAUUGCCAAAGACAUGGAGCGCUGGGCCAAAAGCAUGAACAAGCAAAAAGAAAGCAUUAAGAGCAGCUUCCAAGGCUUGGGAGCCUCUCGAGAAGAAGAAAGGAAAGAGUCUGCCGCUGCAGAUGCAGGUUUCUCCCUCUUUGAGAAAAAGCAGGCUGGAGGUUUUGAAAUGCCUUUGCUCAUGACUGAGCAGUUCAGACUCUCUGAACAGGAGCUUUUCUCUAAGAAUGAUGCGCAGGCUGGUUACAAUGGGGAAAGCGACCCAGAAGAUGGCGGCGUGGAAAAAGUAGCAGACGAGGAAGGAAAAAUAACAGACUGGGUGAGGAUGGUUUGCCUGCUGUGUCGUCGACAGUUCCCCAACAAAGAUGCUCUGCUGCGUCACCAGCAGCUCUCUGACCUCCACAAGCAAAACUUGGAAAUUCAGAGAAGGUCGAGGCUUUCAGAAGCUGAGUUGGAGGAGCUGGAGAGAAAAGAAACUGAGAUGAAAUACAGAGACAGAGCUGCAGAAAGGAGAGAGAAGUAUGGAAUUCCCGAGCCUCCGGCACCAAAGAAGAAAUUUUACCAACCGCCAACCCCGGCUGUGAACUACGAGCAGCCCACAAAAGACGGUCUAACGAGCGACAAUAUUGGGAACAAAAUGUUGCAAGCAAUGGGCUGGCAGGAGGGUAAAGGUCUGGGGCGCCACCAGCAGGGCAUCACAACACCCAUCGCAGCUUCAUUAAGGACAAAGGGCACGGGCCUGGGCAUUAAAGGAAGCUCAUACGAACUCUCACCAUCUGACACCUAUAAAGAUGCUGUUCGCAAGGCCAUGUUUGCACGCUUCACUGAAAUAGAGUGAACAAAAGAGGGAGGAAGAAUCAUACAGAACUGUUUAAUAGUAACUUUAAUUUUGUCGACUAUGGAUUAUCUCUCUCCCCUGUACACAUUUCUAUUCUUGCCUUGUAUAUAAAAAUGUUUCUUCUUUUUAUUUUCCUGUUUAUAGCAGAACAUUUUCUCAUCCAAUAUGUUUUCUGUAUUCUGUAAAGUGAUAACAUAAAAUCAAGUGGACUUAUUCUUGUUUGUGAGAAUCUCUAAUAAACAGCUGUGACUAAGGUUUUUCCUUUUUGUGUACAGACUGUCAACAAAAGAAUUUCUUCUCUAAAAAUAGUUCUGAUUUUAAGACCAACUUGAUAAUGACAGAGAUUAUCUUAGAGCUUUUGGCCUUUUUAAAAAAAUAUUAUCAGCU